AGGUCCAAGAUGACAGAGACACGCAAGCCCACUAUAGCGUACCUGGGCUGACUCUGAUGCAUGAACCCAUACGCAAAUCUCGCCCACUUCCAGGUGGUUGCGCGAGUGCCCCACGCGCCUCCUCCCUUAAGUUCAAUGCCUUCUCUUUGUAAUAAAUCCUUCAAUACCUCUCCGCCGCUUCCCGCACACAUUUCCAUGGGACAGUCACCGUCCACCGCCGCGCCGCCUGUGCCGGAUAUCAAUCGCCAACAAAUUUCUCAGUUACAUUCAAGCAGCGAUCCCGAUUUCGAUGCCGACCACACAAUCCGUCUUUCCGACGAUUGCUUGGCCGUGAUUUUCCAUUUUCUCAGCAACGCCGACAGGAAAGAGUGCUCUGAGGUCUGCCGGCGAUGGCGCCGCGUGGACGGCGAGAGACGGCACCGCCUCUCGCUUGUCGCUCGGCCUGAAUUGCAAGAGCUCGUUUCUCCCCUGUUUGACCGCUUCGAAUCGGUCACAAAACUCACUUUACGAAUCGACCGUAAGUACGCGAGCUUAAACGACGAUGCUUUGAUUAUGAUCUCGAAGCGGUGCAGGAACCUCACGCGUCUGAAGUUGCGCGGGUGCCGUGACGUAACGGAAAUUGGAAUGGCCGGCGUAGGGGAUAAUUGCAAGGCCUUGAAGAAGCUAUCGUGCGCGUCGUGCAUGUUCGGCACGAAGGGAAUCGCAGCGCUGCUCGAUCGAUGCGUCACGUUAGAAGAUCUAACGCUGAAGCGGCUCCGCGGGGUCCCCCAAAUCACCGAGGUGGAGGUUGGUGCCGCGGCUUCGUUGAAAUCUAUAUGCAUAAAGGAGCUCGUGAACGGUCAAAGCUUUGCGCCGCUUGUGAUUGGUUCGAAGAAGCUUCGAACUUUGAAGGUGAUUGGGUGUACGGGGGAUUGGGAUGAUAGUCUGGUUAGGAUUGGGUGUUUAAACGGUGGUUUGGUUGAGAUUCACUUGGAGAAAGUUCAAGUUAGCGAUGUGGGACUUGUGGGGGUGGCCAGGUGUUUGAGGUUGGAGACUCUGCACGUUGUGAAAACCGCGGAGUGCUCCAAUGUAGGGCUUGCGAUGGUUGCUGAGAGGUGUAGGUUGUUGAGGAAGGUUCACAUAGAUGGAUGGAGGACUAAUAGGAUUGGUGAUGAUGGUUUGGCUGCGAUUGCGAAACACUGUCCUGAUUUGCAGGAGCUUGUGUUGAUUGGCGUUUACCCUACUUUUUCGAGCUUGGCGGCGAUUGCUUGCAAUUGCAGGAAUUUGGAGAGGUUGGCUCUUUGUGGGAUUGGAACGGUUGGUGAUGCAGAGAUUGAGUGUAUUGCCGAUAAGUGUGUUGCACUCAAGAAGCUAUGCAUUAAAGGGUGUCCUGUAUCCAAUGCUGGGAUCGGAGCUCUAGCUUCGGGGUGUCCCAAUUUGGUUAAGGUUAAGGUGAAGAAGUGCAGAAAGAUUACUGGUAGAGGGGUAGAGUGGGUGCGAGAAAAGAGGGUUUCUUUGGCGUUUAAUUAUGAUGAUAGUGAAGUUGAAGCUUUGGAUGGGAGUGGAAGUGAUGGUGUUGGAGGAGCUCAGGAUGGUGUGGCAGAGGCUGAGGCAGACGCUGAGGCGGAGGCUGAGGCUCCUUCAACUAAUAACAACACCCGAUUGACAAUGUUGCGAACAAGGUUGGGCCUUUUGGCUGGUAGAAAUAUAUUAUCAUGUGCCUUCAGAAGGCUGUCUAACAUUGAUAAUGUGUCCAGUAGCAGCUUUUUAUGAUGUUAGUAAGAAAGUAGCUUCUUCCCAUGUUGGCUUUCCCCCAAUAUGUGAGAUGAGUUUUCAUGUUGAUUGCCUGUCUUUGUGGUGUUGGUUAUGUGAUUUUUUGUUUUCUUAUGAACAGCUGAUAGCAGCAUCUGUAUUGUUAACUAGAUAUGUCAAUUACCCUCGUUGAUUGUC